ACAAUACACAAUGACGACACAUAAUGCCGUUCUGCUAAUAACAUAACAAUAGCGCUAUACCGAAUAACGCGCAGGUUUGCCAAUGUUGUAAUAGUGUUGUGUGUGAACCAUGUAACCAGCAUCAUAUCUGUCCAAAAACAUUGUAGGAAUCGUCAUGUAAUUUGAAAUUGACCCGGUAACCAAGAGCAAAGUCUGCGGAGGAUUUCAGAGUGCAUUCUAAAGCAGCUAUGCAAAAUAAUGGAUUUGUUUAUCAGUGGACAGCAGACACCGUACGGAGUGUAGUGGAAUUAUUUGCAAAUUUCAUACCAAUUGAAGCAAUGCCACGAGAGGAGCUGGUGGGAGCAGAAGGAGUGCGGCCAGAUCCAGGACCAGCUCCAGAUGCGAAUAUAAAUCCUGAAAAUGGGAACAACAACAACAGAGCUCGAAACAACAACAAUCAGAAUCCCUUAAUCAAUGUGAGAGACAGACUGUUCCAUGCACUUUUCUUUAAAGCUGCUUUGGCAUAUGCACGGACAUUUCCAAGACCUGUUAGGAGGGUGUUGGAAUUUGUUGUACUACUCAAGGCCAUUACAGCAUUUUUUGUUUUGGCGUACAUCCAUGUUGUUUUUUCUCGGACACCAACAAACUGUUUAGAAAAAAUAAAAGAUGACUGGCCUCGAGAAGGAAUCUUAAGAGUAGAAAUAUUAAGAAAUGGAGGAGAGGAUUAUAACAUAGAAAAAUCUUAUGCUAAAGAAGAAAAACUCAGGCAGGAAAACUCAGCAGCUGAUCUGAGCACCGUAAUAGGAAUGCUUACAAGAGAUGGCUUUGUUAAUAUUGAACCAUCAUCAGUUGAGGAAGUGACCCAAGAUCCAAGUGGCCUUUCUGAAACUGAUGUGGAGAACAAGACUUUAGAUGGAAAAAUUGUGAGCACUGAAAUUGAGAAUGUCAUAAACACGUUUGGCAAUACAGCAAGCAAGACAGAAACCACAAAUGAUACAGGCGAGAAAGGGAGUGACGUAGCUAUUUCAGCUACAGCUUGGGAUGGCAACCUUUCUGACACUAAUAAGUAUAUUCCAAGUGCUAAUGAAACCAUAAAGGAAGAUGCCGACAGUCCAUUGGCGAGUGAUAAAAUUAUUGCGCCAUUGAAAGAAUCUGUGUCAGAGGUUGAGAAGCUUGUGCGAGCAGUGUUCCCUGAGGAUGAAUACAUAGUGGAAUAUUCUCUAGAGUAUGGUUUUCUGCGACUUUCUCCUGGAACAAGGCAAAGACUAAAUAUACCAGUCAAAAUUGUGACACUAGAUCCAAACAAAGAUUCCUGUUUUGGAGAUGCAUUCAGCCGUUUCAUCUUAGAUGAAUUUUUGGGUUAUGAUGAUUUGCUAAUGGCAAGCAUCAAGACACUGGCUGAGCAGGAAGACAAUAAAGGGUAUCUCAGAUAUUUUAGUAGCAAGAUUGGGUCCAGUCACAACAGUGAAUUACAGAAUGUCAUCACUGGUGAACAUUAUCGAUUUGUUAGCAUGUGGAUGGCUAGGACAUCGUAUCUUGCAGCCUUCUUCAUCAUGUUAGUUUUUACUGUGUCCAUUUCCAUGCUGCUGCGGUACUCCCACCACCAGAUAUUUGUUUUCAUAGUGGACGUGCUGCAGAUGCUGGAGUUCAACGUGACCAUCACGUUCCCCGCCGCGCCGCUCCUCACCGUUAUUCUCGCUCUCGUCGGUAUGGAGGCAAUCAUGUCGGAGUUCUUCAACGACACUACUACAGCCUUCUACAUUAUACUAAUUGUGUGGAUUGCGGACCAGUAUGAUGCCAUCUGCUGUCACACGUCCAUCACUAAGAGACACUGGCUGAGGUUCUUUUAUCUUUACCACUUCUCGUUCUACGCAUACCACUACCGAUUCAACGGGCAAUACAGCAGGUUGGCUCUCGUCACGUCGUGGCUAUUCAUACAGCAUUCGAUGCUGUACUUCUUCCACCAUUACGAGCUGCCAGUGAUCCUCCAGCAGGCUCAUAUCCAACACCUGCUGUUGCGGACUCAGCAGCAACAGCAACAACAGCAGCAGCAACAGCAGCCGCCGCCUACGCCACCACCUUCACCGCAGCAAGAGGCCCCUCCCUCACUGCAGCAGGGUUCUCAGGCGUCGCUCCCGCCACCGUCGUCUGCUGCUCCGGAGGCGGAAUCGUCGACAGCUGCCGAAGGUGAGCUGACAGGCGCCGCAGGAGGGAGCGCGUCUCCGGCAUCACAGCAGCGAGAGCAGUCCGCGGGCUCCGAACAGCGCGGGCCGGCAGCUGACAGUCAAGAAGUUUUCCCGCCUCGCGUGCAGACAGUCUCACAGAGUCUACAAGAGGUUGAGGAGGAUCUUACGCAGUCUUUACAGGCGAGUACGUCUUCAUCUGACGCAACCGGAUAUCAAACCACCAUCUCAGCCAGUGAACGUGAAGAAUCCACACAGUCGCCGCUUAAUUCCUCAAAGUCAUUGCACCGAGAUGUAGGGGUGGAACAGCAGUCGAGUCAGUCGGGUCAAGGAGAUACGGGGCAGCCGGAUGCUCAUGUCUCGUCAACAUCUCCUACCGGAGACGGAUCAGAAAAUGACCAACGGCAAGUAGCGACCGGGCAGGAGCAGGAUCAGUGACGACAGAUUCCCAUUGUACCUCUAACAUAGUUCCUGUGCUGAAUACAAGCAGGUGCUCGUCGUGCUGAAUCACUUCUCCAGAAGACGGAACUUUCGGCUAUGGGCAACACGGGAACUGCGACACUCUUCUCACAACUGAGUUGCUGUAAAUACUCUGAUGCUAUUUGCUACAGUGACUUACCACGUGAUACGUGGGAGCGUUAAAAGCAGGAUAUUUUGAUAAAAUCUGUGUGUGCGUAAAAUUGUGACGUGACGUGAUGUGAUGCCCAUGUGUGUUAUUAUCUGUGAAGACCACAUUGUUAUAUGUACAGGUCUGAUGUGAUUUUUUUUUUUUGUAUUGUACAUAUUUGAGGACUAUAUUCUCUGGAGACCUGUCUUGUUCGUAUGUAUUGCCCACGAUGAAAUUUUGGAUCCUCAAUGCCUGAAGACUGGCCAUGUGAUGGCUAACUGUUGACAUAUGUAAAAUCAUUUUAUGGUUUUACAUAUGCCUACCCUUUAUUAAUCGCAGCAGACAGUGCAGUUUAGAUGGUCAUAAAUGUUAGCACAUCCUAUCGCGUUUUUGUUAACAUUUGCUCUGUACUUUCUGAAGUAUUUUAACACUGAAAGCUGUGCUUCGUUGAAGGCAAGAUUAUGACGGGUACUUCAGUCACAGAUGUCGGUGAGAUCGAGACCUCUUAGCACCUAUUCUACCACUCUGCACUGCGACAGCUGCUUUGUGUUUCUUUUAAAUUGAAAAUGCUCUAUCACUUUUGCUGAUCAAAAUGGCACUUCAGUUAAUGGGUCACGUACUUCGAAAAAAUUAUUGUGUUUACAUAUUUUGUGGUUCUUUUCGUAGGAAAUAAGUGACUGAUUCAUGAUAUUUUAGAUCUCCAUUAAUAUGUACGAAUAUCUGUAUUGAUCAGUCUACCUUUGGCAGUUGAUUUACAAAUACUGUACAUUAAAGAGAAAUUCGUUUCUGCCAUCAGAUGUGCAUGAAACAUUUCGUUUAAGUAUGUUUCUAAAGUAAGGCGCAUGUUGUGAAGUCUUCUUGUUACAAAGUGUUAAUAUGUUAAACGAGAAGAAUAAAUUAAAGCUUUAAUAAUUCCUA